AUGGACAUUGAGCCUGAAAAAUUCACCAGCCCAAAGAAGUCUCGAAAAAAGGCAGUGAAAGUCCGGAAGGCUGCUUACUACAACAACUCCACCGAGAGUAAGCCAGAUCCUCACGACAUGCCUCAAGUGUGGGCCAAUAAGCGCCAGCAGCUUUGCGAGACACUUCCAGCCUACAGAGCAUACCAGUCUGGAGCUUAUACGAGCGAAGGUAUACUCUAUGGCUUCCUCGUUGACGCAGAGGUCGGGACACUCGACAAGUUUGAUGACCAAAUCAUCAUCACUACAAUCGGCGGCGAUAGGAGCAAGGAUGAUUCUGGCAACACAGUUCAGAAUGUUUCCAAGGACAACAAGGCAUCUGCCCUUGCAGCCGAGAGAACUAUGAGAGACGGCGGCGCAGUUCUGGUUAUCGCAGGUCAGGGAAACCGUCUGAGCCCCUCGAAGUUACCUCACUACUACAACGUUCUGGGAUGGUUCAAGGUGACUGACGUCUGGCGAGAGACCGACAAGAAGAUAUGGAAGAUACGACUUGAGAAGAUCGACUUGACAGAGAGAUCUUGGUGGGCUGCAUACGGUACCUACCCUGCUGGAACAGAUCCCUUGGCGGUUGACUACGAGUCACCAAAAGCCACGAUUCAAGUCUGUGGAGCUUGCCAUUACUCCAGCAAGCAGCUCUACGAGCAAGGAUGGGUUUGCUUGCAGUCGCAUUGUCAGCAAUUCUUUAAGUUCUCGGAUGCCACCGUCGAGACGUCAAGCCUUCAAUACAGCGACGCAUUCCUCAGAGAGCGCACAAAGUUCACCGGACCGGAUCCUGGCCCUCUGAGUCCUCCACUUCCAACACAGGCAGACCUUGAUGGCUCUGGCAAUACUCCAUACGAAAAAAUCUUCAGAGCUGGCAUUAUUUGCCCAGAAUGUGGCUGCUGCAGCCGUCGAGUCCAAUGGCACCAAUGGGAGUGCGAGAAUGAUGCAUGCAGUUUUGUUCAUCAUCUGAAGCCAAGAGUCAUUAGAGUGGAGGAAGCACUUGCCAUGGCUAAACCUCAAGAGCUCAGGGAAUAUUGUCACGACGACAUCCCUAACAGAGCCUUUCCUGCCGGUCGUUACGACGUUCACGAGUAUGUUCUUCCUGGAUCGAACAACACGGUUGCAGGUUGGAUUCGUCUAUUCAAGACCUGCAAUGUAAUCAACGAGCAACAAGAUGGCCCGGAUGAUCUGUUCAAGCAGUUGCAAGAUGGAUCUUUCAAAUUGAAGAGAAAUGCUGUUCGUUGCCCGGGAGCACCCAGCGAAAUCUUGACUUCACACUUCGCAUCGAAUUGGGGUGCUAUCUACAAAUAUGGUGUCACGCCAACUACAACUGGUUUUAGCGAGGCAGCUCCAGUCAUCUUGAAGGCACUUAAGCGACUAACUUGGGCCGGAGAGCAUGCUUUGGGAGAGGAGAUGCAAGAGUUUCGGGAAUUCAAUGAGCUCCUUCUUCUGGGAUACUACGAAGAUGGUCAAAUUGAUUACCACGACGAUGGCGAGAAGACACUUGGCCCGACCGUCGCAACUCUUUCGUUGGGUGCUGAUGCAAUGAUGAAAUUCCGCCCUAAGAAGAAGAGCACAAUUGGUGUGAGCAAGGGAGCCAAAGGCAAUAAGGCCGACUACUUGAAAAUCGUUCUCAAGCAUGGUGAUCUUCUGAUUAUGCAUGGCAACGGCAUCCAUAAGGACUACGAGCAUUCCGUGAAGCCAGCAGGCAAGUUGCGCUUUGCAUUGACCAGCCGAUUCGUCAUUCCAGAGCUCAUGCCCACUGAGGCUGAUGCAGAGUUUGCACGCAUCGGUGGCAUUCUCCCUGCAGGCCAUGAGCAAUACAAUUACGACGGUGACGUCCAUGCUCAACUUCUUCAUCGCCCAGAGGACAACGCUGAGCCAUUUGGAAACAUGGCUGUUUUCAUGGCUCGUCGAGGACAAAUCACUACCGACGAAGCAGAAAAAAUCGACAACGCUGUCAAAGACAUUCUGGGCCGUCGUCAGGUCUGA